AUGGCUGAGGUCGAGACCAAGACCACCGGCCAGAUGGCCGAGAAGGUCGCCUCUGCAGCUGGCGAACACCAUGCUGUGCAGGAGACCAACGACGCUCUGGACAACGAACGUAAGAUGGGCGUCGUCGAGGGCCUCCUGUUCUGGCGGAAAGCCAUUGCCUUCUCCUUCUUCAUAUCCCUUGCCGUCAUCAUGGAGGGAUACGACACAUCGCUCAUGAACAACUUCUUCCCCUAUCCGGCCUUCAAGAACAAGUUUGGUGACGAGACGGAUCCCGAAGGGGGCAUGCUCGUGUCCUCCCGAUGGCAGACCAUCAUCCUCAACGGCACUCAGGUCGGAUGCAUUCUUGGGCUACUGAUCAACGGCUAUAUCUCCGAAUGGUUCGGUUACAAGCGGACCAUGGUUGCCUCCAUGCUGUUCAUGAUCGCCGCUAUUUUCAUCCCCUUCUUCUCGACGGGCCUGGAGAUGUUCCUGGCCGGUGGUCUCAUCCAAGGUCUUCCAUGGGGCGUCUUUCAGACGCUAGCCGUCUCUUAUGCUGCAGACCUUUGCCCUACGCAUCUCCGAGCCUACAUGACCUCCUGGAUCAACCUUUGCUGGGUCAUCGGAGGAUUGCUCUCCACCGGUAUUCUGCGCGGAUUGCUGAAACUCGACGGCGAAUGGGGUUACCGCAUUCCUUUUGCCCUCCAAUGGAUCUGGCCUAUCCCCAUUAUUGCAGCCACACUCCUGAGCCCCGAGUCCCCCUGGUGGCUGGUUCGCCACGGCCGUGUCGAGGAGGCCAAGGCAGCAAUUCGCAAGCUCACGAGCCCCAGAGCCGGAGUUGACUUCGACCUCGAUGCGCACGUCGAAAUGAUGGUGGUGACGGACAAGUUCGAGAAACAAACCCAGGCCGGCGCCAACUAUUGGCACUGUUUUCAAGGAAGUGACCUCCGUCGGACUGAGAUCUCUGCCAUGGUCUGCGUCACCCAGGCCUUCUGCGGUGUCCCAUUCAUGGGCUACGGUGUUCAGUUUAUGCGCGACGCCGGUCUGCCCGUGGAAGACGCGUUCAACCUCAGCGUUGUCCAGAACUGCGUCGGGUUUAUCGGAUGCAUCAUCGCUUGGUGGGUCAUGACCUACCUUGGCCGACGGACUCUUUACGUGGGUGGUUUGGCAGGCAUGUUCGUGAUCCUGCUGAUCAUCGGCUUUCUGGGCCUUGCUCCAGAGUCCAACAAGGGAGCCAGCUGGUCGGUCGGGGCCCUCAUCAUCUUUAUGCUCUUCCUCUUCCAGCUGUCCGUCGGCCCCAUUUGCUACACCAUCUUUGCCGAAAUUCCUAGCACUCGCCUCCGAAUCAAGACCGUCGUCCUAGCCAGAGCCAGCUACAACAGUGCCGUUUUCAUCACCAACACCAUCAUGCCCAAGAUGGUUGGCAAGAAUGACUGGGCCUGGGGUGCCAAGGGAGGCUUUUUCUGGGCCGGCAUCGAUUUCCUCUUCUUGACCUGGACCUGGUUCCGGUUGCCCGAGUCCAAGGGCCUGUCCUAUGCCGAACUUGACCUGUUAUUUGAGCACAAGGUUGCCACCCGCCAGUUCUCUCAAGAAAAGGCCGACUCGCUCAAGCCGAUCCUGAAUGAGGUUGCUAUUCAGCAGGAGAAGGAGUCCGGGAUUCACCAUGUGGAGUCCCGUGCUUGA